AUGGAGCAAUUAGGGAAUUCGCAGAAAGCUUCUUUCAUUGCUUUGCAUAAAUGCAUAAAAAAUAAUACUCAAGAAGGAAUUAUUAGGUGCUAACCUUAGACUUUAUUUGGUAUAAUUCUUAAAUAAAGAGUUUCCUUAAUGACUGGAAUAAGCAUAUUCAUAGUCUCUUUGAUGGGGAACCUAGCUGUGACAUUCUUUGGUACUACUGCAAAUAUAGUUUUGAAAACAUAAUUCAACUUGAAUAAUGAUGAAGAGCUUAUAUAAGUUAGCAGCAUAAUAUAUAUGAUAACAGUCAUAACAUUGGCUGUAGUCAGUCCUUUUGUUGGGGGUCUAUGUGACAUUUUAGGAAGGAAAAAAUGGAUGUCUAUUUUAUUUAUAUCUACUGCAGUUCUUUGUUCAAUCCUACCUUAUUCGGCUAGAAUUUGGAUUGAUUUUACAAUUAUUAGGAUUAUACUAACGAUUGAGAACAACUCAAUGAUAAACAACACCUUAAUAGCAGACUAUGUAGAAAAAUAAAGUAUCGGCAAAGCAGUUAUUUAUAAUAAUUUUAUGAGGUACUUAGGAAACUUCAUGUCACCUAUACUUUUUCUAAAUCUAAUCGCUCAUACUUCUAUUAAGAUAACAUAUAACAUAAUAGCUGUACUGCUAUUUUUAACAGGUGUGUUUCUAUUCAUUUCCAUUAGAGAACCUUUAGAUUAAUAACAGAAUUUCAAAUUACUAAUUAUUAAGGAUUCUAUCAAUAAUUUGAAUAAACUCGAUUAACCUUUAAGUUAUUGGAGUAAUAUCAAGAAUGGACUUAAUGAAUGCAAAAAUAACCCAAUUUUGAUAUUCUGCUUAAUUCAAAACUUUGUAGUAAGAAUGGGAACUGUACUAAGUUCAAAUGGCUACACUUUAUGGAUUUUAUCAAAUAUUCAAGAUUAAAAACAAGCUUUUGAGCUUUUAGCAUUUGCUCUUGCUCUCUCUUGUGCUCUUAAUUUCUUGAUAUAAAUUCCAUUAAUAAAGUUACUUGAUAAAAUUCGCCCCAAAUUCUUGCUAUGUUUUGCACAAUUAUUCAGAGCUUGCGCGCUUCUGAUGCCUUUAUUUAUUGACAAUAAAUGUUCUAAGCAAGUUUCUGCUAAUAUUGUUCUGAUGUCUCUAGGCAAUGGGAUGACUAACGUUGCAAGAGAUAUGAUUUUUCAAAAAAACCAAGCAGCAUAAUUACAUUUUUAAAAUCUAGAGGAGCAGUUCUAGGGUUUAUGGACUUAUUUUAAAAUGUUGGAAUUCUAACUUAUUUAUCUAUUUUCGCAAUAUUUUCUAGUACUAUCGGACUAGAAGGAUGCUUCGCAUUCCUUGGUAUAUGUGAUUUGA